GCAUAAACGGUCGCCUGUACACCGGGAAGAUGUUGAAGUCAAUUCUCGCAGUCUUGUCUCGUUUAAUUGAGGAAUAUAAAACGGGAACUCCGGCAAAAAUCAAACUCAUAGAUGCAUAUCUGCUUUAUAUUUUAAUAACAGGAGUGGUUGAGUUCCUGUACUGUUUACUGGUGGGAACAUUCCCAUUCAACAGCUUUCUGUCGGGCUUUAUUUCCUGUGUUGGCUCGUUCACUCUGGCAGUAUGCCUACGCAUCCAGGUCAACCCUCAAAACAAAGAUCAGUUCAUUUCUGUGUCACCAGAACGGGCCUUUGGUGACUUCCUGUUUGCCAGUACCAUUCUCCAUCUGGUGGUGGUCAAUUUUAUUGGCUAAAUAAUGACCACCGUCUCAUCUGGUGCUGCUUGUAGCAGGUGUGAAGACAGCACACGGAGGCCUUAGUGACCAACAGCUGACAAUCAACUACGUUCCACACCAUCUAAAUGCAGAUAAUCUUUAAUAAAAAUAAUUUUGUACUAUUUUGUGCUUGUUGGUCUCAAGAAUAAAAAAUAAAUACACUUUUUCUAAA